AUGAUGCGUACGAUGAACGCCUUGGAGCGCUCGUUUCCUUGGGCCGGACUGCUCCAAGACACUUUUGGAGAGCUGGCUGAGGCUCAGAAACAGGUUUCCCUAACGGACAACGGCUUCUCUGUCGGCAUCAACGUCGGCGAGUUCAAGCCGGAAGAGCUGAAGAUCAGCCUCGUCGAUCGGAUGUUGACCGUAAAUGGAGAGCACAAUGAGGAGACUGAAGAGGGUUCCGUCCGCCGCUCGUUCUCCCAGAGUUUCCGAAUCCCGGAGAACGUCGACAUCGAGCAUUCCGCUCUUCUGGUGAAGUCGUCCACGGCUGACCAGACCUGCAACAGCCCCGCCGCCCAGGCCAUCCUCGCCAAGCACCUGGACACCCUCGAGGACUACACCAAAGUUGCUGACAUCACCGCCCCACUCCACAGCGAGCUGGCCGCCCGAACGAACGGCCGCUGGCUGGUGCUCUGCGGACCCAACACUGACGUUCCGGCUGCGUGGAGGGGUGACGCCACGCAGUUCUGCUCGGUGACGCACAAGCGGACGACGUGCCACGCCUUCCAGAUCGAA